AUGACACAUAACGAAGUAGAGGUUGUGGAUUUAAUGGAUACCGAUGAAGAAAUAUUUAUCGAAACCGUAAUUCUUUCUGUUAACGGUGAAAUUUAUAAUCAUAAAACUUUGAGAAAGCAACUUAGAAAACUUAGAAGUGUACGCAGUUCAAAAUUCAGUUAA